ACAGCUUGACCGACACAAUUGGCAACUGAAACAAGACAUCAUCGAUGAUUAUGUCUUAACAUUAAACUUAGAUCUUAGAAUUGCGCAUAACACAGCUGGAGCAAAGAAGAGUAGCCAACUGCUGAAGCCUGAAGAUAAUGAUGAGAUAUAAAGAGGAAAAAGAGGCUAAGAAAGAAGCAUUUAGAAAGUAUCUUGAAUCCAGUGGAGUUGUUGAUGCUUUCACCAAAGUUUUGGUUGAUUUGUAUGAACAAAAUGAGAAACCAUCUUCAGCCCUUGAGUUUGUCCAACAAAAAUUAGGGGGUCCAACGGCAUCUGAAUACGGAGCUCUACAAGCUGAGAUGUCAGAUUUGAGAACAAAGUAUAAUGAGCUAUUGUGCAAGCAUGAGGAUGCUUGCAAAGAGUUAGAAGAGCUUAAAAAUCUGCAUUCUUCAGUUUCACUAGCAACAAAGGAGACUAUUGAGGGCGAGCCAUUGAAAGAUGAGGUCUAAGUAUAUUGGUAAGAAUUCAUAUUAUGUAACAAUGAUGGGAUAUGAAGCACUUAAUAUGGUAGUAAUCUACAACUUCUAAUGACUCGUUUGACUAUGUAUCCCUUCAUUUUUUUUAAUAUGUAAAAUCUUUGUUGAUUUAUUCUUAUUCGAAUUCGGGUGUAAGUUUAAGAUACUUGUAUGCGUUUAACAAGGAUAUGAACCAAUAUUGAUACAAUCUGUGACAGCAAGAAAUUCCGAAACCCAA